ACGAGUGUGAGUGUCAAAUAAUCCGGUCGGGUUCUGCCUUCUGGAUAUAUUUGAUCUUUUACAAAUUGUGCUAAUUACAUUAUUUUUCACUUAAGAUAUAGUUCCCAAAAUGACUGCUUUCGAAGAGUUCGGUGUUCUCCCUGAAAUAGGGAAGGCAAUAGAGGAAAUGGAUUGGACGUUACCCACAGACGUUCAAGCUGAAGCAAUUCCUCUCAUAUUGGGUGGAGGAGAUGUUUUAAUGGCUGCAGAGACCGGUAGCGGAAAAACUGGUGCCUUUUGUUUGCCUAUAAUACAAAUAGUAUGGGAGACACUGAAAGAUAUUCAAGAAGGGAAAACUAGUAAAGUUAUAACGCAAACGUCCACGGAGUGGACGAUGUCAUUUUUUGAUCGAACCGAAGCUUUAGCGGUAACUCCAGACGGCUUGCGAUGCCAGUCAAGAGAUCAAAAUGGCUGGCAUGGGUGCAGAGCUACGAAAGGUGUUCACACAAAAGGCGCUUAUUAUUAUGAAACUACUGUUACAGAUGAAGGUCUAUGUCGCGUAGGAUGGUCAACUCAGGCGGCAAGACUUGAUUUAGGUACUGAUAGACUUGGGUUUGGAUUCGGUGGCACAGGCAAAAAGUCAAAUGCAAAACAAUUUGAUGAUUAUGGUAGUGCCUUUGGAAAAAAUGAUGUUAUAGGUUGUAUGUUGAAUUUGAAUAAUGGUGAAAUACAAUAUACUAAAAAUGGAGAAUCUCUCGGGGUAGCCUUCAAGCUGGAUCAGUCACGCAGGUCGGACUGCUACUUCCCCGCUGUUGUAUUAAAGAAUGCUGAGAUGAGUUUCAACUUUGGUGCAACACCAUUUAAGUACCCUCCAACAAAAGACUAUAUAGCAAUUUGUCAAGCACCAAAAGAAUUUGUUAAAGUUAAUAUUGUAUCCGCCGGAGCAGCAACCGGAGCAACUAAACCAGUAAAUAAUGCACCACAAGCAAUUAUUAUUGAGCCUUCGAGAGAGCUAGCGGAACAAACGUGUUCACAAAUUACUUUGUUUAAAAAGCAUCUAGAUAAUCCUAAAAUCAGGGAACUCCUAGUGGUUGGUGGAAUUAAUGUAAAAGAUCAAAUCAACCAAUUAAAUUCUGGUGUGGACAUUGUAGUAGGUACACCUGGGAGACUUGAGGAUCUUAUUCAAGGAGGUUACCUAGCACUAACUCACUGCCGUUUCUUUGUCCUGGAUGAGGCUGAUGGAUUGCUAAAGGCGGGUUGUGGAGAACUCAUUGAAAGACUUCACAGACAAAUACCUAAGAUUACAUCAGAUGGUAGACGGUUGCAGAUGGUUGUGUGCUCAGCUACUCUGCAUGCCUUUGAAGUUAAGAAAAUGGCGGAAAAAUUAAUGCACUUUCCAACUUGGGUUGAUUUGAAAGGCGAAGACGCAGUGCCUGAGACAGUCCAUCAUGUUGUAGUUAAUGUUGAUCCUCAGAAGGAUCGCGCAUGGCAAAAUCUUAGAAAACAAAUUAUGACGGAUGGUGUUCACACAAAGGACAACAUUCACAGCGGAAACACGACACCGGAAACAUUGUCGGAAGCUGUGAAGAUCCUUAAAGGGGAAUACUGUAUUAGAGCUAUCAGGGAACAUAAAAUGGACAGAGCUUUACUAUUUUGUCGGACGAAGUUGGACUGUGACAACUUGGAAAAAUAUCUCAAAUCGUUUGGCAAUGAGUUUUCGUGUGUCUGCCUGCACGGAGACCGUAAGCCCGCAGAGAGGAAAACCAACUUAGAAUUGUUCAAGAAAGGACAAGUGAAAUUUCUUAUAUGUACUGAUGUCGCCGCUAGGGGUAUUGAUAUUUCAGGCCUGCCGUUUAUGAUCAAUGUAACACUACCGGAUGAGAAGUCUAACUAUGUGCAUAGAAUUGGCCGAGUGGGGCGCGCCGAGAGGAUGGGUCUGGCCAUCAGUCUCGUGUCCACUGUGCCUGAAAAGGUUUGGUAUCACGGCGAAUGGUGUUCGUCCCGCGGCCGCAACUGUUACAACACGAGUUUGAUAGACGACCGCCCUAAAGGUUGUUGUAUGUGGUACAAUGAACCACAGUACUUGGCUGAUAUUGAGGAUCAUUUGAACAUCACGAUCCAACAGAUAGAACCGGAUAUGAAAGUGCCGUGCAAUGAAUUUGACGGUAAAGUUGUUUAUGGUCAGAAGAGACAACAAGUGGGCACUGGAUAUGUGGAUCACGUGAGUCAAAUGGCGCCCGUUGUAAGAUCGUUACAAGAAUUGGAGUCGCAAGCUCAGAUGUAUUAUUUGAAACUACAUCAUAAUGUAGCAGUGGCUUGAUAACUUCUUGCAUAGAUAGAGAUCGUUUUGCCAAUAAUAUUGCUUUACAAAUGUGUAACUGAUAUAAUUUGUUUUAAUUUAUAAUAAAUGCAUUUACACUCA